AUGUCGCAUCUCCGUCUGAGCAAAGGCUUCAUCAAUGCGAUGCUCGAUGGCCGCGUCAAGUUAAGUGACGCGGCGUUCGAGGCACCACUACUGCAGCUACUCGGCACAAAGCCGAUCACCGAAGGACUCGUGCGGGUGGUCCUCUUCGACGGCCGUACGAUCAACCAGCACGGCAUACUGUCGCUCGAGGACCACGCGACGCACCGCCUCUUUGCCGACGGGCUGCUCGACAAGUACGCGGUGGUCCGCGCGCUAGACUGUUCCACCAACGAGGUGCCCACCAGGAACAUGACCGUGUUAUUGCUCAGCAAGAUUGAGCUGGUCUGCGCUGGCAAGGAGAUCAAUGGCAAGCUAGAUACCGGCACCGAGUGGGAGUAUCUGAGUCGACCGAGUGGCGGCGGCGGCGGCGGCGGUGAGGUGGUCGCGGAGGCAGUGGUGACCACCAAACAGGAGGCGGCGGUGAAGGUGAAGGUGGAAGGGGCGGCCACGGUCGUAGCGGGCAGCGCUUCAGCCACCGUCUCUAAGCGAUCAGCGGCGACGACGACCUCUACUCCCUCACCCUCCAGCAGCAGCACUUUAACUGGCCAAGUCGAGAGCGUGGCAGUGAAGGGGGAAGCAGGCGACUUCCCCUCCGGCAGCACCUCCCUCCAGGGUGGGAAUGUGGUGCCGGUGAACACCAUCACACCCUACGACGCCCGCUGGGUGAUUCGCGUCCGCGUCACCAGCAAGACGCCCCUCAAGACGUACAACACCGCCCGCGGAAGCGGCCACGUCUUCAGCUUCGACACCGUCGACAAGAGCGGCGGCGAGGUGCGCAUCGUCGCCUUCAACGCCGAGGCGGACAAGUGGUACGAGGUGAUCGAGCGCGGUCGCGUGUACCUCAUCUCGAAGGGCGCCGUCAAGCCGGCCGACAAGCGCUACAGCUUGCUGAAGGCCGAGUACGAGGUGACGCUGACCGCGUACAGUGUGAUCAAGCCGGUGGACGAGCCGUUGGACGAGCAGGCGGCGGGCGCCAUCCCUCUCAUGCGCUACAACUUCAAGCAGCUCUCCGAUGUGGUGGGCAUGACCGCCGGCACGACCAUCGACGUCAUCGGGGUGGUGCGGACCGUCGGCGAGAUGGAAUCAUUUGUUGCACGCAACACCGGUCGGCAGAUGGCCAAGCGUGUGGUGACCAUCGUCGACCGCUCGCUCUACGAGGCGCGCCUCACGCUCUGGGCUGGUGGCCACGCGGAGGCCUUCUCCGCCAACGUCGGCGAAGUGGUGGCCCUCAAGUCGGUCCGGGUGGACGAGUUCAAGGGCAAGACGCUGAGCACCGGCGGCUCCACCGUGGUGGACGUCGAGCCAGCGGGGCUGGCCGAGGUGGACGUCCUCCGCCAGUGGUACCACGGGGCGGCUCAGGGCGCCGCCGAGGCCUUCAAGAGCCUGGGCGGCAGUGUGGGCGCCACUCGCCCGCUGGACGUGAAGGAGCCGGAAUACAGUGGAAAUGAGAAGCGCAUUCGUAGCUCGCUCUAA